AUGGGCUGCUGUUUUUCACAAACCGAUAAGACAACAGUGUAUGAAGUAACUCUCGACGCAAACGGUGUUGCUCGACGAGUCCCUGUGGGCACGGGCACACAUUUCAUUCAUAUUACAAGCGACUAUGAAACACAUCUUGAGGAAAAGCAAUACACUGUACAACCACCCACACCAAACGAUACUGAUAUCAAUCGCCCUCCACAAGCCCAUCAAUCAACACGAUUCCCCUUCCUACCAGCUAGAAUGAUGCCGUCGACACCAAAGCCAAACUCAAAAAUUUCGCCUAUAGCACCAGACGAUGAGAAGACAUCAAACAAUCCAACAACAACAACGUCCCUGUAA